AUGGCUACUGUAGCUUCUUUGGGUGCCAAUUGGUGUGUCACCAUUCAAUACACCAAAGAACACCUAUCCGAGCUACUCACGGAGCUUUCGGCUAAAGGUUUGCACGCAUUGACAAGACCUGGACACAGCACCGGACUUUUGUACGUGUUUGUGAGUGAUCCAAACGACAAAGUUCCUCUGAUCGUGUCCAAAUUCAAGUACAUUGACAAUGUGGUAGCAUUGCCAUCGCCGGUGGCGGUGGAGGAAAAGCAAAAGCUGGCGCAGCGGCUGGUGAAACGACCAUUGAUGGUGUCAGACAAAGAUAUCGAGGAUCUCGUCCGAGUCACUGGUUCUCCACAGGUUGGGAUGUAUUUUGCGUUUGAAAAAUAUUACACGCGCUGCCUAAUGCUUUUGGCACUUGUGGGGACGUCAUUUCGGUUUUUCGCGGGCCAAGGCUCCGCUUGGGAAUUUAACUUCAGUUACACCAUUCUUGUUAUGCUUUGGGCCAUAGGUUUUGUGAGCACCUGGAAAAACAAGGUGAGAUCGCAGUAUGCUGCAAAAGUACACUAUGUGCCAACCAAGUCACAAACCGAACCCAUGACGAGGACAGUGUUUGCUAAGAAACUGUGCUUUAUUCCGAUUGCCUUACAAUUCGCAGCCUGUCUCAUUGCGUUCCAAUUUGGCUGUUUUUUGCUGGAAAUUUUCAUCACCCAGAUCUAUCAAGGACCACUCUCUGCUCUUCUGGCACUUACUCCAACCGUUUUGAUAUCCGCCUAUGUGCCAAUCUUGACUAUGGUAUAUGACAUGGUUUUGGACAAGCUAAUAGUGUGGGAAAAUCCAGCAAACCCAGUGCAAUCAAGGCUGGAAAAGAAGUUUGUUUUGACUUUCCUGACCAGUUAUGUGCCCUUAUUCAUUACACUAUUCGUUUACUUGCCCAUGGGACAUCAUGUCAAUGCUCAAUUGCAGCCUAUCGCGCAGUUUUGCUCACGGUACCAUAUUCCCGUCCUCGCAUCUGGAUUCAAAGUCAAUACAGGCCGCUAUCAAAGUCAAUAUUUCUUCUUCAUGGUUACAGGUCAAAUUAUUGCCCUGCUUGUGGAAAAUGUCCUACCUUUCACUUUGACCAAGCUUAUCCCAAAAAUCAAAGGACUCGACAAGCCUACGUCUGCUUUCAAGCAAGCGGAGACAAAAGUGUCCAAAGAGUACCCUGAAGAUGUUGUCGUUUGGAAGCGUGCUAGUGAGUCCAGUUUGAGCGUGUGGGGAGAGUUUGACAUCAACGCCAUGACAAAUAAAUUACUGGUCCAAUUUGGGUAUGUCGCAAUGUUCUCCUGCAUUUGGCCUCUUGCGUCGCUGGUUUGUGUUGCCAUCAAUCUUGUUAGCAUGAAGCUUGAGAUUUGGAGGUGCUUGAACAAAUGCGUAUCCAAAAGCCAGUCCAAAAUUAGAUCAGAGACCCUCUCUUCUCGCUCGGCUAGCGUUAAUGACACUGAGACCUUGUCAAGUGCUCUUUUGAGUAUCAUGCUGUUUGUGUCGGCUCUAGUCUCUUCUGCUUUGGUGACUAUGUAUAAAAGCCCAUCUGGUGAAAGCAUACAAAGCAUCUUAGAAAAACGUGAUUCAUGGCACUUGAACUCUGUUGUUCAGGUCGAUUGGAAGACGGUGCUUAUUGGGGCAUUCACUUGCGAACACUUGGCCUUUUUGUGUUACCUAGUUGCGGCUGAGUUUGUUGGACGUAGUGAUCUUGACGCUAAUGAAAGGUUUAUCAGCGCCAAGAAGCUCGAAGAGCCACCACAUGUCAAUCUGAACAAAGUUGUCAAAGAAACUGCUGACUUCAUGGAAAAACCCGAAAAGAACCGAAGUUCGACAGUAGCGUCAAAAGCGCAAGUUGCAACCAAAGAUAGUGGUCCCAGAAGAUCUCUUGGCUUGAUCACGACCACGUCGACGUCUUCAGGUUAUUCCAAAGCAAGUGAGAUUAGUCGGCCUUCUCAACCCGUAAACACUGGUAAAGGAGCUUCGGUAUCAGAAAGGUCUACUCACAACGGGCAACCUUUUCCUUCUUUCAGUCAACCUACAAAAACAAACAAAUCCUCUACCUCUUCAAUCUCGCCUGUGGCUGGGGCUACGGUUCCUGAUACCAUUCCUACUUCAAAGAACUAUCAUCUAAGGCGUGAUCAAGGCAACGGUUCUAUCCCAUCCAACUCAGAAGAACAGCAAAGUUCAGGUUCCAACGAUGUGCCUAAAAUGUCACCAGAGACUUCGAACACAAGCAAAUUGGAAGAACUUCACCAAGAAGAUGCUGUUCCCAAAUUCAUCACUACGUCACCUUCCGAUGAAGCAAUUGUUGUGCAGCAGUUUGUGCCUCCACAGAUUUCGGACACCUCUAAGAGCCAUGUCGCUAAAAUAAUGAAUGAUGGAGGGCCUCAGAAAGACGUUUUGCAGGAAUCUGGCAGCGACGGUAGACAUUGGCGCCAUUCUGAUGAGAUCGUCGGUGAAAAGAAUGGUGACCGCUAUUCGGAUCACUCUUCUGGCGCGAUCUCGGCUAUAAAAUCUCAAAACUCCCACACGCCACGCAAAGCAUCUGAAAAGUCGUCGUCCUCGAAAAAAAAGAUCAAAGGCGUUCUAUCGCCCUUGAAUAAACUAAAGAAGAAGUUCCCCUGA